AUGUAAUUAUGUGAAUCUAAGGCAAUUUUGUUUAAUAAAUUGUUUGAAAAAGAUGCAUGUAUCAGAUGUAUAUUGAGAGUGUUCAAAAUUACAGAGAUUAGUACAUAUAGAGAGACUUAAUAAUUCAUUUAAUUGUUGUUUGAUGUAGGGAAAUUGAUUGGAAAUGAAAAUGUAAAUAAUAGUUUAAUAUAUAUAAGAAAUUAGUAGAGGAGUAUGAUUUCUUAUACUAUAAAAGAAAAAGGGAAAUAAUAGAUUCUGAUGUAUAACCUUAAACAUGUCAUUCUUCUUUAAAAGAUUAAUUUAUUAAAAAUCCUUUUCACACCUUUGAUAAAAUUAAUAAAUGUUUAAUAUGUCAUGGAAUAUUAUAAUGUGUGGAUGAUUAAAAAUUCAUAUCAAUAUUAGUUGAUGAAAUAUAACAAAAGUAAUAUUAAUUUGAAGCAUUUAAAUUUUAAGUGAAAACACCAAUAGGAUGUUAAAUUAGAUAAUUAAUAAUAGUAAAUUAAUGUAUUUCAGAAAUUGGUUAAAUUGAUCCAUUAUAUGAAUAUAUUAGAACUCCAAAUUUUGCAACAGAUAUUAAAAUUUGUGUAAAGUGGAUAAUGUGUAGUUUAUUAAGUGAAUUUCUUAAAGUACCUAGUGAUCCAAAUGAUGAUAGAUUUUAAAUUUGUUUAAAUUUUGAAAAUAUAGGAGAUGAUGUUAAAUAGUUUGAAUAAUUUAAAUAACUAAUUUCAAAUAUUGAUGAUCAAAUAUGGGAGGAGAAAAUCACAAAGAAAGUAUAAUUAUAUAUUUAAAAUAUAGUUAAAAAUGAAUGAUCCUUAAUUGAAAGCAGAAACUCAUAAUAGAUUAUUAUAAAAGAAAAAUCAAUAAAAUCAGCCAUUUUUACCAACUUAAAAUAAUUUAGAGAAAAUAUCUAAAUUAAAUAACAAUUAGAUAUCAUAUUAUUAAAUAGUUAAUGUUAAUUAUCCAGUAAAAUUAGAAGUGACAACUAGCUAUUAGAAUAUUUUUAUUAAAGGAAAUUAUAUUAAAUUAGCUAGAUAUAUAAGUUAGACUCCAUGGAUAAUAGAUGGGAAUAAAAUAUAUGAAGAUUCAAUUGAAGAUUUAGUGAGUGCAGAAGCAUGCAAAAUAUUUAAACCUUCAAGUGUAAAGUUUCAUUCUGGUGGUAGAGAAGAUAUUGAUGUAAGAAUGUUAGGAAAUGGUCGACCUUUUGCUAUUGAAUUAGUUGAUCCUCAUUAAGGACUACAAAAUUAAACUUAAGAAAUCCUUAAUUAAAUAGAAGCUAAAAUCAAUUCAUAAAAUGUAGUUAAAGUAACUCCAUUGGCAUAUACUGAUACCAAUAUUUUUGGAGAUUUAAAGAAUUCUGAAACUAAUAAAGUCAAAGCUUAUUGUUGUAUAGUUGAAUGCAAAAAUAUAAUCAAUGAAGAUUUAAUUGAAUAAGCAAAUAACAUCAAGGAUUUAGUAAUCAAAUAGAAAACACCAAUAAGAGUAUUACAUAGAAGAACUUUAAUGGUAAGAGAUAAAAUCAUUCAUUCAUUAUUGAUUAAAAAAAUUAAUGAAAAAUGGUUAUUAGUUUAUGUAUUAAGUAGUGCAGGUACUUAUAUUAAGGAGUUUAUUCAUUCAGAUUUAGAUAGAACUGUUCCAAAUUUAUGUACAUUAUUAUAAAAUGAAUGUGAUAUUUAUUAAUUGGAUGUAAUAAAAUUGUAUGAAAAAAUAAAUGAAGAUGUUAUUAUUGAUUUUAAGAAUUUAGAUAAAGAAUGUGGAUGUAAGAUUUGA